AACAUGUCGUAGCAAAAAACCGUAGCAAAACCUCUGGCAAAACGUUGCGCACCUGUUUGAGCUUGAACGUGCCCCAGAUCUGUUUCAACAAGCGAUCAGAAAUCGACAUGUUUCAAAGAUUUGCUAAAAAAUCAUGCUGAGCAGCUGAUUGUUUUCACCAACCCAAAGACACCAGUGCUAAGCUGUUUGCAAUGGCAGCUUUGCUGAUCAUGUCAGAGGAGCGAGGAAAGGGCUCUCCCAUUGAGAUAAGUCUUCCAGAGGAAAUGAGUAAAAGAUCACAUGUAUCCAGCUCUGUGUCUGUGAAGAGUCACCAGUCAAAAUUUGAUGUACCCAAUUUCAGUGAGGAAAUGCCAUCAUCUACAAAAAGUAAAAGAUCACAUGUAUCCAGCUCUGUGUCUGUGAAGAGUCACCAGUCAAAAUUUGAUGUACCAAACUUCAGUGAGGAAACACCAUCAUCUAGCAAAAGUGUAGAUUCAGACAACCAGACUUGUGGGAAUUUCAAAGACAAUCUCCUGUGUAUCUUCCAGGAUCUUGAGAACAAAAUAAUCACAUUUCUGAAGAAUGAGUUGGAAAAGUUUAAGAACAUAUUACAAAAUAAGAACAUACAAUACUUUGUUAAGGACUUUAAUGAGAAUAGAUGCAGUAUCAAAGAAGCAGCUCUUGAUCUCGCACUCUACUUCCUGAGAUAUAUGAAGCAAGAUAAGGCUGCUAAUACUCUAGAAGAUGAGCUAAUCUUCAUUCAUCAGCUAAAAUGUAACCUGAAGAAGAAGUAUCAAUGUGUGUUUGAAGGCAUUGCAAAGCAUGGUGACUCCAUACUUCUGAAUAAUAUCUACACAGAUCUCUAUAUCACUCAGGGUGGUAGUCAGCAGGUGAAUACUGAACAUGAGGUUAGACAGAUUGAGGUUACUUCUAGGCAUCAUGAAUCACAAGAGAUAGCGAUUGAAUGCAAAAAUAUGUUUGAAGCACCUGAACAAGACAAGGAGAUCAGAUCUGUACUGACAAAAGGAGUUGCUGGAAUCGGAAAAUCAGUUUCUGUGCAAAAGUUUGUUUUAGACUGGGCUGAAGGAAAAGAAAAUCAGGAUAUCAGCUUCAUAUUUCCUCUUCCUUUCAGGGAGAUGAAUUUAAAGGAGAAAGAUAAACAAAGUUUGAUGGGCCUUAUUGGUCAGUUUUUCCCAGAGAUAAAAGCUCUGAACCUUACAAGAAGGAAUAAUUUCAAAGUCCUGUUCAUUCUUGAUGGAUUGGAUGAAUUUCGUCUUCCUCUAAACUUUAAGGGGAAUGAGACGUGGCGUGAUGUAUCAUCACCAACCUCUCUGGAUGUUCUCCUGACGAACCUCAUCAAGGGAAAUCUGCUUCCUUCUGCUCUCAUCUGGAUCACCACCAGACCAGCAGCUGCCAGUAAGAUUCCUCCUGACUGUAUCGACCGGGUGACAGAGAUACGAGGAUUCAGUGACGCACAAAAGAAGGAGUACUUCAAAAAAAGAUUCACAGAUAAGAAUAUGGGCAAUGAAAUUAUUGAUCACAUUAAAAAGUCUAAAAGUCUUUUUAUCAUGUGCCACAUCCCAGUGUUCUGCUGGAUUUCAGCCACUGUUCUCCAGAACAUUUUGGAGGAGAAAAGAAAUAAUGAACUGAAAAAUGAUCAGACCAAUGACACCUCCAAAACAUUACAAGAAUCAAUCACUGAAGACACUCCCAAGACUCUGACACAAAUGUACGCACACUUUCUCCGCUUUCAGAUCCAGCAGAGCAGUCGGAAGUAUGAUGGCGAAUACAGACCAGAUGUUUCCUGGGAUAAAGAGGACAUCAUGUCACUGGGGAAACUGGCAUUUCAACAGCUGGAAAGGAACAACCUGGUCUUCUAUGAAUCAGACCUGGAAGCCUGUGGUAUUGAUGUCUAUAAGGCAUCAGUGUACUCAGGCAUGUGUACCCAGAUCUUUAAGGAGGAAACAGGGAUCAUUCUUGGUACCAUGUACUGCUUUGUUCACUUGAGCUUCCAAGAGUUUAUUGCAGCCCUUUAUGCACAUCUGUUUCUAGACAUUAACAAGAAAAGUGUGUUUGUUCAUGAGUCUACAGAACAGGAAAACAAAAAUGAAAUCAUGAUUGAUUUUCUCAAGACUGCAGUGGACAAGGCACUCAAAAGUGACAAUGGACAUCUGGAUCUUUUCCUUCGCUUUCUUCUCGGUCUGUCACUCCAGUCCAAUCAGCAACUCUUACGAGGUCUGCUGACACAGCAAGACAGCAAUGACCAGAGCAACAAGGAAAUAGUUCAGUACAUCAAGCAGAAAUUUGAAGAUAAUCUGUCUCCAGAGAGAUCUAUCAAUCUGUUCUACUGUCUGAAUGAACUGAAUGAUCAAACUCUGGUGAAAGAGAUUCAGUCCCACCUUAGUAAAGGAAGUCUCUCAUCUGUUGACCUGUCACCUGCCCAGUGGUCUGCUGUGGCCUUUGUGUUGUUGACAUCAGAAGAGGAGCUAGAGGAGUUUGAGCUUCAGAAUUUCCAAAAAUCAGACGAGUGUGUGAUUAGACUAUCUGCAGUCAUUAAAACCUCCAAACGAGCUCUGCUAAAUAAUUGUGGCUUAACAGACAAAAGCUGUCCAGCUCUGGCUACAGUUCUUGGAAUAGAUUCCAAUCUGAAAGAGCUGAACAUGAACAAUAACAAUCUGCAGGAUUCUGGAGUGAAGCAGCUCUGCAUUGGACUGGAGAGUAAAAUGUGUAAAUUGGAGAUAUUGAGGCUCAGUAAGUGUGAGUUAACAGAAGAAAGCUGUUCAGUGUUAGCUGCAAUUCUUAGUUUAGACUCCAGCAGUCUGAAGGAGAUUGACCUGAGUGAUAAUAAUCUGCUAAAUUCAGGAGUGAAACUACUCUCUGAUGGACUGAAAAAUAACUGUAAACUGGAGAAACUCAGGCUCUCUGACUGUGGCAUUACAGAGGAAGGUUAUAAAACUCUGGCUUCAGCUCUGAGAUCAAACCCUUCACACCUAAUAGAGCUGGAUCUCACAGGAAAUGACCCUGGACAAUCAGGAGUAAAGGAUCUCAAUGAUUUACUACAGGAUGGAUUUUAUAAAUUAAAGAACAUCAGGUUUUUGAAAAGUCCUGCUGCCGAGGAAGCUUGUGAGUAUCUCAGUAAAGUUCUAGGUAUAAGUCCAUUACUACUGCAAGAGCUGGAUCUGAGUGAAGAUAAAUUAGGAGACCUGGAUGCGGAGCAGCUCUCUGCUCUCUUGAUGGACUCUCAUAGUAAACUGGAGAAAAUGAAGCUGAAUAAUUGUCAACUGACAAAGAAAAGCUGUUCAGUUCUAGCUACUGUUCUCUCCUCCAAAACCAUCUUGAAGGAGAUGGACCUGAACAACAGUCAUCUGCUAGACUCAGGAGUCAAAGAGAUUUGUGAGGGACUGAAGAGUCCUAUGUGCAAGCUGAAGAUACUGAAGCUCAGUAAAUGUAUGCUAACAGAGGAAAGCUGUUCUGCUCUCGCUACAGUUCUCAGUUCAGACUCCAGCAGUUUGAACGUGCUUGACCUUAGCAAAAAUAAUCUCCUGGAUUCAGGAGUGAAGCUGCUCUCUGAUGGACUGAGAAAUAACUGUAAAUUGGAGAAACUCAGACUCUCUGACUGUAGUGUUACAGAGGAAGGAUAUAAAGCUCUGGCUUCAGCUCUGAGGUCAAACUCUUCACGUUUAAUAGAGCUGGAUCUCACAGGAAAUGAUCCUGGACAAUCAGGAGUAAAAGACCUCAAUGAUUUACUACAGGAUCCAAAUUGUAAACUGAAAAAAUUGAGGUUUUUGAGUCCUGUUGCAGAUGAAGCCUGUAAUUAUGUGACUGAAAUUCGGGGUGAAAACCCCUUACUCCUGAGAGUUUUGAAUCUGAGUGAACAUAAAUUAGGAGACACACGAGUAAAGCAGCUCGCUGCUCUACUGGAGAAUAACCACUGUAAACUCAGCACACUUUGGCUGAAUAAUAGCAAUAUUACAGAAGAAGGUUGUAGUGCUCUGGCUUCUGCAUUUAAUUUAAACCCUUUAAACCUGAAAGAGUUGGAUCUGAGUGGCAAUAAACUAGGAAACUCAGGAAUGAAGAAGAUCUGUCAUCUUUUGGAAAAUCCACAGUGCAGAUUGGAAAAACUGAAACUCAGUAAAUGUACGCUAACAGAGGAAAGCUGUUCAGCUUUAGCUGCAGUUCUCAUUUCAGACUCCAGCAGUCUUAAGGAGCUUGACCUAAGCAAUAAUAAUAUGCUGGAUUCAGGAGUGAUGCUGUUAUCUGAUGGACUGAAAAAUAACUGUAAACUGGAGAAACUCAGACUCUCUGACUGUAGCGUUACAGAGGAAGGUUAUAAAACUCUGGCUUCAGCUCUGAGAUCAAACUCUUCACACCUGAUAGAGCUGGAUCUCACAGGAAAUGAUCCUGGACAAUCAGGAGUUAAGGAGCUCAAUGAUUUACUACAGGAUGGAUGUUAUAAAUUAAAGACCAUCAGGUUUUUGAAAAGUCCUGCUGCAGAGGAAGCUUGUGAGUAUCUCAGUAAUGUUCUAGGUAUAAGUCCAUUACUACUGCAAGAACUGGAUCUGAGUGAAGAUAAAUUAGGAGACCUGGAUGGGGAGAAGCUCUCUGCUCUCUUGGUGGACUCUCAUAGCAAACUGGAGAAAAUGAAGCUGAAUAAUUGUCAACUGACAGAGAAAAGCUGUUCAGUUCUAGCUACUGUUCUCUCCUCCAAAACCAUCUUGAAGGAGUUGGACCUGAACAACAGUCAUCUGCUGGACUCAGGAGUCAAAGAGAUCUGUGAAGGACUGAAGAAUCCUGUGUGCAAGCUAAAGAUACUGAAACUUUCAAACUGCAGUAUUACUGAAGGAGGAUAUAACGCCGUUGCUUCAGCUCUGAGGUCAAACCCUUCACACCUGAUAGAGUUGGAUCUCACAGGAAAUGAUCCUGGACAAUCAGGAGUGAAUGUGCUCAAUGAUUUACUGCUGGAUCCAAACUGUAAACUAAAGACACUGAUGUUGUUACAAACUCCUGCUGCAAAGAAAACAUGUCAAUAUCUAACUAGAGUUCUCCAUAAUAACCCGUUAUUCCUAAGAGAGCUAAAUCUGAGUGGACAUAAAGUAAGAGACUCAAAAGUGAAACAUAUUGCUGUUCUACUACAGGAUAAACACUGUAAACUCGCCAAACUUCAGCUACGUAAUUGUAAUCUGCCAGAGGAAAGCUGUUCAGCUCUAGCUACAAUCUUGAGAACAAACACCUGUCUGAAAGAGCUUGACAUAAGCAACAAUAAUCUGCAGGAUUCAGGAGUGAAAAAACUCCAGAACGGAUUAGAAAAUACAAACUGCACCCUGGAAAAACUCAGACUAUCAAGCUGUAGUGUUACAGAGGAAGGAUAUAAAGCUCUGGCUUCAGCUCUGAGAUCAAACCCUUUACACCUGAUAGAGCUGGAUCUCACAGGAAAUGAUCCUGGACAAUCAGGAGUGAAGGAGCUCAAUGAUUUACUACAGGAUCCAAACUGUAAACUGAAAAAAUUGAGGUUUUUGAGUCCAGAUGCAGUUGAAGCCUGUCAUUAUGUGACUGAAAUUCAGGGUGAAAACCCCUUACUCCUGAGAGUUUUGAAUCUGAGUGAAUGUGAACUAGGAGACACACGAGUAAAGCAGCUUGCUGCUCUACUGAGGGAUAAACACUGUAAACUCAGCACACUUCAGCUGAAUAAUAACAAGAUUACAGAAGAAGGUUGUAGUGCUCUGGCUUCAGCGUUUAAUUUAAACCCUUCAAACCUGAAAGAGUUGGAUCUGAGUGGCAAUAAACUAGGGAACUCAGGAAUGAAGAAGAUAUGUCGUCUUUUGGAAAAUCCACAGUGCAGAUUGGAAAAACUGAAGCUGUGUAGAUGCAAUGUUACAGAGAAACAGUAUCUCAACCUGACUUCAGCUCUGUGUUUAAACCUUUCACACCUGAGAGAACUGGACCUCAGUGGGAAUAAACUAAAAAACAAAGGAGUGAAACACUUAUGUGAUAUACUGAACCAUUCACACUGUAAACUCGAGAGACUGAGUUUACGAGACUCUGAAAUGACAGAUGAAGGUUGUUCUGCUCUGACUUCAGCUCUGAAAUCAAACCCAUCACAUCUGAGAGAGCUGAACCUAAGUAGAAAUAAACUAGGAAACUCUGGAGUGAAAAACCUUGCUGUCCUUCUGAGGAACCCACAAUGCAAGCUGGAAAUACUAGUUCUCUGUGGAUGUGGUAUUACAGAGAAACAGUGUCUCAUCCUGGCUCUAGGUCUGCGCUCAAACAUUUCAUACCUGAGAGAGCUGGACCUCAGUGGGAAUAAAAUAAAAAACACAGGAGUGAUACUCUUAUGUGAUGUACUGAACCAUUCACACUGUAAACUGCAGCGACUGAGAUUAAGAGGCUGUGAUGUAACAAAUAAAGGUUUUUGUGCUCUGACUUCAGCUCUGAAAUCAAACCCUUCACAUUUGAGAGAGCUGAACCUGAGUGGGAAUGCACUAGGAGAUUCUGGAGUUGAAAACCUUGGUGAUCUACUAAGCAAUUCUCGGUGCAAGCUGGAAAAACUAGAUCUGUGUGGAUGCAAUAUUAAAGAGGAACAGAGUCUCAGCCUGAUUUUAUCUCUGUGUUUAAACCCAUCACAAAUGAUAGAGCUGGACCUCAGUGGAAAUAAAACAAAAAACACAGGAGUAGAGAUGAUAUGCCAUGUAUUGAAAGAUUCAGACUGUAAACUGCAGAGACUUGGGCUAAAUGACUGUGGCAUUACAGAUGUUGCUUGUUUGGCUCAGUCUUUGGCUACGAAGCAAGUACUGCAGUUAAGAGAGUUAGAUCUGAGUAACAAUAACAUAGGAGACUCAAAAGAGCAGCUCAUUGGUGUGCUACAAGACUCAAACUGUACACUGAACCUUGAUGGUAAACAUUGUUUUACAUCCUGGUCUAAACCUCAGGAACCUGAAAAGUCAACAGAAGAUGUGAGAUCCUCAGAAAAGCCUCACUACAGUACUGUGUCUAUGAGAUUUGGUGAGUCAGCAUCACACCUGGUUGCUGUCACCAAGGCAACCAGCCUGAAAGCAGAGCGUCGUGAUUGGGAAGACGUGUUUCAUGUCAGCAUGAUCAAGCGGGGCAGACAUAAGGCCGCCCUUCGCACUAGGAAGAUGGAACAGAGGAGGAAGAAGAAUCGAAUUAGAACACAGUCAAAGUGGACUAGCAUGACUCAAGACUAUCCUGUCCAUUUGUCAACACCUGUCCAUUUACUCCUUGUGAAUCUGCUCCAUCCUGUUCAUUUCUGAACUUCAUGUCAUGUGAACACGCCAUCAAGUUUCUACUUUUCCAAUGAAUUUUGGAUCCAAUUAACAUCAGAUAUCCAAUAAGUAUCAUACAUGAAACAGAAAACUUCUAAAUAAUAUUCCCUCUGCAUAGCAGUGACAUUGUCAGGCUUUUUAUUUACAACAAAAUAAGCUAAUUGCCUGCACAAACUAUGAUAGCAUUGUAAUAUAACAAUAUAAUAUGUAAUAAUAAAGUUUACAGUGGCUUCAUAAAUUAAAAACAUAAAGCAUAACACACCUGAAGCA